ACUAUCCUUCGAAAGAGAAAAGGAAAAUAAGAAAAAAUGGCCAUGGCUCGUCUAGCUUUGAGUAAUUUGCAGCAAAGGGUUUCUAUGUCUUCUCUGUUUAAUGCACAGAUCGGAAACAGAGGAAUGGUUGUGCCACAACAGAAGCGUUGGGGUUCUGAACUAUUGAGGAGGCUUUCAACUACUGAUUCUGAAAAGGUUUCAGAUGAAAAAUCAUCCCAAGGCCGAGAUAUCGCAGUCUCUGAAGGAGGCAGCAGCAGCAGCAAGAAAUCCAAGCUCUCUCCUUUCCGACGCAAAAAAGGAUCAUGGCGAAGAGGCCUCUGGAGGAACGACAACCGUGAUCUCAUUCCCUUCUCUCUUAAUGAGUUAUUCCCGUUCCCGUUGGGGCUUGAGAAUGCACUACUAGAAGCAACAGAGAACCUGAACAAGCUGUUCACGAACUUGUCACCCUCUGGACUAAUUGGAAGAAUAAAGGAAGACGAUGACGCCUACAGAUUGCAAUACCAACUGCCAGGGCUGUCUAAAGAGGACUUGAAUAUCACAAUCGAGGAUGGGUUCUUGGUGAUCAAAGGUGAGCACAAGGAAGAAAAAGAAGAAGAGAACUCAUCAGAUGAUGAUGAUGGGUCUUCUGCAAAUUUCAGAUAUUACAAUACUAGCAUUCUCUUGCCUGAAGAUGCUAAGGUUGAUGAUAUUAAAGCUGAAAUGAAGGAUGGUGUGCUAACCAUCACCAUACCCAAAACAGAGAAGCCCAAGAAGGACGUGAAAGAAGUUCAGAUUCACUAGAA